AUGCUUCAGGCUCAGGAAUCCCUGACAUUUCAUGAUGUGGCCGUGGACUUCACCUGGGAAGAGUGGCAGCUCCUGGACCCCCAUCAGAAGGACCUGUACAGGGACGUGAUGUUGGAGAACUACAGCAACCUUGUCUCAGUGGGGUAUGAAGCCAGCAAACCAAACACACUGUCCAGGUGGGAGCAAGGGGAAGAACCCUGGACAGUACAGGAUGAACUGCACCCUCUAGUCUGCCCAGGUGAGGGGAAUAAUUCACUGUUCUCUUCUUUCCUAGAAUUUAGGAAAAUUGAUGAUUCUCUGCAGUGUCACUUGCAAAGUCAAAGCAUUCAGAAGAGGGUAGAACAAUGCUAUGAACAUAAUAUGUUUGCAAAUAUUGUCAAUCAAAGUGAAGGUCAUUUUCUAUUAAAGCAAAAUUGUGAUAUGUUUGAGAUAUGUGAAAAACCUUUUAAAUCAAAUUUAAGUUUUGAAAAGCAAAACAGAAGCUGUAACUUAAAAAACUGUGUUGAGUUGAAUGGAGAUGGGACAUCCAUUCUGUAUGCUAACCCUGAACAAUUUUACACUGAAAUUAAAUCGCCUGUCAGCACCAACCCCAUCAUUAAUAAGUCCCUGGUCAUUCAGCAACAGAGAACUCACAAUGUAGGGAAAGUCCACGGGUGCAUAGAAUAUGGGAGAGCCUUCAUCAAGAUGUCUGAGCUCACUAAUCAUCAGAGGGUUCAUACUAGAGAGAAACCUCAUGGGUGCAGUCUGUGUACGAAAGCCUUUUCCAGGAAAUCCAGUCUCACCAAACAUCAGAGAAUUCAUCUAAGACUGAAACAGCAUGAACGCACUGAAUGUGACAAAACUUUCCUCAAGACAUCACAGUUGAAUAUACCUCAGAAAACUCACUUGGGAGAGAAACCUUAUUCAUGUAGUGAAUGUGGGAAAGCAUUCAUCAAAAAGUGUCAGCUCAUUUACCAUCAGCAAACUCAUACAGGAGAGAAACCGCAUGGAUGCAGUCUAUGUGGGAAGACCUUCUCUACAAAGUUUAGUCUCACUACCCAUCAGAAAACUCAUGCAGGAGAGAAAACUUAUGUGUGCAGUGAAUGUGGAAAAGGCUUUUUAAUGAAGCAUGGCCUCAUCUUACAUCAGAGGACUCAUACUGGAGAGAAACCCUAUAUAUGUAAUGAGUGUGGGAAAGACUUUACCUGGAUGAGCCCUCUCAUCAGACAUCAGCGAGCACAUACAGGAGAGAAGCCCUAUGUAUGUAGUGUAUGUGGAAAAAGCUUCAGCAUGAAAGGUGAUCUAACUGUACAUCAGCGAACUCAUACUUCCCAGAAACCGUAUAUAUGCAAUGAAUGUGGAAAAAGCUUCACUCAGAAGAAUAAACUCAGUGUACAUCAGCGAACUCAUACAGGAGAGAAACCCUAUGUAUGCAGUGAAUGUGGGAAAGGCUUCCCAGGGAAGAACAUGCUGAUUGUACAUCAACAGACUCAUACAGGAGAGAAAAACUGUAUGUGUAAUGAAUGUGAAAAAGGCUUCACAGUGAAGAGUCAUCUCAGUAUACAUCAGCGUCACUAUCUGGGGAAGAAGCCUCACAUAUGUGGUGAAUGUGGAAAAGCCUUCAUGAAGAAGUCUUGGCUCACUGAUCAUCAGAUCAUUCAUACAGGUGAGAAGCCCCAUCAGUGUAGCCUGUGUGGGAAAGCCUUCUCCAGAAAGUUCAUGCUCACUGAACACCAGAGAACACACACAGGAGAGAAACCUUAUAAAUGCUCUGAAUGUGGCAAAGCCUUUCUCAAGAAAUCACGGCUUAAUAUACAUCAGAAAACACACACAGGAGAGAAACCCUUCAUAUGCAGUGACUGUGGGAAAGGCUUCAUCCAAAAGGGCAAUCUCAUUGUACAUCAGCGAAUUCACACAGGUGAGAAACCUUACAUAUGCAAUGAAUGUGGAAAAGGCUUCAUCCAGAAGACAUGCCUUAUAGCACAUCAGAGAUUUCACACAGGAAAGACACCCUUUGUGUGCAGUGAGUGUGGAAAAUCCUGUUCCCAGAAGUCAGGUCUCAUUAAACAUCAGAGAAUUCACACUGGAGAGAAACCUUUUGAAUGCAGUGACUGUGGAAAAGCCUUCACCACUAAGCAGAAGCUCAUUGUCCAUCAAAGAACUCAUACAGGGGAGAGACCCUAUACCUGCAACGAGUGUGGGAAAGCCUUUGCCUACAUGUCUUGCCUUGUGAAACAUAAAAGAAUACAUGCAAGAGAGAAACGUGGUGAUUCAGCCACGGUGGAAAAUCCUCUCAUAGAAAGUCCCAGCUCAUCACUGACCAGUGUGCUCCUGCAGGAGAAAAACCUUGUUAAUACGGUGACUACGCAGAUGCCUUCUGUGGCCCCUCAAACAGCAUUAAACAUCAGUGGGCUCCUAGCACACAGAAAUGUAGUCAUAGUGGGCCAGCCUGUGGCCAGAUGUGUGCCCUCAGGAGGAUUUGCACAGGACAGAAACCUUAUGAAUGCAGUGAGUAAGGACUCGCCUUCAGUUGUUAAUUACAUGUUAUUUUAUGUCACAGGAAACCAAUAGGAAGAAACUCAGACACAUUCUAUGUACAAAGAUUUGAUCAAAAAUUUCUAGUUCAGGUUAUGGUUGAAAAGAUAUCCUGAGAGAAACUGUAUAAAUGCUGAGACUGCAAAGUGAUGAUAAUCUCGUCCUGUUCAAUAUAUGCACUGAUAGAGAGGCAUAAUCUCGUGUUAACCCAGACACAUAUGUUAAUUGGCCCAUUGUGUCAAUUAAAGGAAUGAAUGAAGUUAUGUGGAGGCAAUAAGUGAAUUUUUAAAACAUAAAUAUAAUUGAUAUCUGGACUGUUGAUAUGGUGGGAUGUGUUCUUGUAUUUAUCAAUUCGGUUUUCCCAGGCCAGGGCGAAGGGGCAAUUGAAAAUGGGGAUGUCUACCAUAAACUCUAGAAGUUUAUA